AAAUCUGAUUAUACCCGUGCAAUUCGACUACAACCGGUUUUCCGAACGAUCCCAUCGUCAUUUGGUGUCAGUCACUGAGCCCCAAAGGACAUUAAGUCAAUCAUUGGAUCAAUCAUUCCGAUUGGCAUUCAAAAAUCGACAAGAAUUGACAUACCCUGGUGCUCUAGCAGUUAAACUAUCGAGACUAUUAAAUCUCCCGACGAUUAUCGACUAUCAAUUGACGUGAAAAGUUUAUGAAGAUCGAGAAUAGACCGGUGUAAGACGGAUAGUCAGACAUUAUUCAGUGGAAAUUGUACAGUCGAAGGUUUCUGUAUUGUUUUUGAGUGAAUAAAAUAUGGAGUUGGGCCACACGAUUGAGGACUCGAGAAAAAAAUAUCCCGAAUUAACGAAGGAAUUGCUGACGGAGUUGCGAAUGUACUGCGAGGAAAGGGGAAUUGCACAAGUGCCAGAUGAGAAACUCGCGUUGUUUGCCCACAGCUGUUACUUCGACCUGGAAUCGGCUAAACGAUGUAUGAAUGUGUACUACAAGCUACGUUCAACAGUCCCAGAAUUUUUUGCCAACCGUGAUCCCACCUCGGAUGACCUACAACAUUCUUUGAAGGCACUUCAAUUCGUGGGUCUACCGAAGCCAGAUAGAAAUGGCAAUCGAAUAAUCUUCCAUCGACUCGCGGAUUAUCGACCAAGCCAGUACAUAUUCAAUGAUGGAGUCAAGUUACUGCAAAUGUCGGUGGAUGCGAGUUUGUACACGGAGGGCUGCACUCCGGGUUAUAUUUUUUUAUUUGACAUGCAGGGGGUACGAUUGGGCCACUUGACAAGACUAUCGAUAACGAGCAUUCGACGAUUCUUCGAGUAUCUCCAGGAGGGACUGCCAGUUAGAUUGCGAGGAAUUCACGUACUCAAUGCUGUCUGGUUCAUGGAUAAAGUACUGGGAUUGGUUCGACCUUUCAUGAAACGAGAGCUCUUCGAAAUGCUCCAUCUCUACACGGGAGAUGUGUCUGACAUCUACGAGCACAUUUCCCCUGAGUGUCUGCCGAGUGAUUUUGGAGGAGAUUUGGAAUGUCUCGAAACACUUCAUGAGAAACACAGUCGUAGAUUGCACGACCUGAGGGACUACUUCCUGGAGGAGGAGCGGUUGUAUCGCUCCUGGGGAUCUCUACACACUCUGCCUCCCACUCCUGAACCUCGGGAAAAAUGAAAGAAUGAAAAUUUCCCAGAAGUUCGGGGGAAUUAGUUAUCUCCCGUGAAUUGUCACUGUUUUUUUAAUUACUGGUUUUUGCAAUGUUUGUCUAACUUUUUUUUAUUGUUAUCACUCGUUGAUUUAGGAGCCGAGACGAGGGACAAAAUUAUUUCAUUCCAUUUUAGGAGAGGCCAUUUCCUCUUCCGGAAUACAUUUAUGGCUGAGUUAUGGACGCAUAAAAACGUUAUGACAAUUUUAUCACGAGUCGAUCAUACCGAAUGAAAGUACUGAUAAGAUUUUUUUUUAUUCCCUCCUUUAAUUCCCAUCAAAUUAUAAUUUUUAUCGAAUUCAUUGCA